UCUUAUGAUUUGAAACACUCACGAAUAAAAACGUUAAAUUUUGAAAAACUUCAGUGCACUUACGGAAUCUCUCAGAUUAUCAAAAUGUAUCACGUUGCACAUUUGAAACACACCCAUCUACAGGAAUUAAACUUAGCGUCAAACAGGAUAAAUAGUCUUGAGAAGGGUGUUUUAGUUUCACUCCCAAAAUCUCUCCGUGUCCUAAAUCUAGCAGAUAAUAUUCUAAGCUUUGGACUUUAUAUCAUGGAAUUUGCUGUUCUACAAAGUUUGGAGAUACUGAAUGUUAGUUUUCAGUCCUCAUUUCAUCAAGUGGGCAUGACUGGUGACUUUUUCGAAAAAUGCAACGAUACAAGAAGAUUUCAAAGGGUUGAUCUUGAAUCUUCUGAAAAGGCAUACAAAAACAAUGACCUAAACAACGAUUCAUCAUUUGGCGGAUCAAUGUCUAAUGAUGUUGAUUUUCCUACAAAAGUAGACAAUUACAUGGUCUAUUUGCCUCCAAAUCUGCGAAAACUUUAUUUUCAUGAUAAUCUGUAUAAAAUGUCUGUACCAAAACUACCCAUUGGACCAAACAACAAAUUAACACACAUAUAUGCGCAAAGAAAUAUUAUUUUUGAGGUAAUUGGACCAUUCACAGGACUUAAACAUGUCCGAUAUGUUGAUUUUUCCGGUAACUUUUGUGGUUAUGUUUCAAAAUCCUUCUUAAAGCCAUUUACAGGUAUAGAGUUUUUGAAUAUUUCUAACAAUGCUUUCGGACAAGUUUUUGAAAAGGAUAAGGAUGGAGAAAUGCUCUCAUAUCAAACUCGACUUUUAUCCCUAGACUUAUCCUUCAACAGAAUACAUAGUCUAUCAGGUGACGUUUUCCAAAAGAACAACAUGUUGAAAUACUUGAACCUAAGUUAUAAUUCUUUAAAUGAAUUUGCGGUUCAGAUUAACAACAUGAAAAAUCUGUCUUUAUUAGAUUUAUCUUUCAAUCAAUUGACUUCUCUGGAUAUUACAUUUGUUUCUUUCCGGUGUGACCGUUCACGGUAUGACGAUAUUAUACAGAGUUCUGAAUUUCAUCCAGAUUUUUCCCUUAUGGAGGCAGGAACUCGGUAUGGGUAUCCUUGCGGUAACCGUUGCCAUUGUACAUCAUCAGGGGGAAACGUUUUUGCUGAUUGUGCAGGUCUUGAUCUGAAUAAGGCACCAGAUUUUCCAAACAAUGUCGUUGGCAUCAACUUUGCAAAGAACAACUUUCAAAACAUACCCCAAAACCUUCCACAAAACGUAAUGUACCUAGAUCUGUCUCAUAACAAUUUACAUUCACUAGAUGAUUCCUCUGUGGAAAAAUAUCAACAACUCCGAAAUCUAAGUGUCUCUAGGAACAAACUUGUCAAUAUUGAAAUUGGUACAUUUCAAACUAUUUCGAAUCUUGAACAUCUUGAAAUUUCAAACAAUAAUAUGCUUACUAUUGAAGCGAUUUCUAAUAUAUCAUUUGAUCUGAAACACUCACAAAUAAAAACGUUAAAUUUUGAAAAACUUCAGUGCACCUACGGAGUCAGUCAGAUUCUUAAAGUAUCUCACAUUGUAUUUUUAAAAAAUACUCUUCUACAGGAAUUGAACUUAGCAUCAAACAGAAUAAAUAGUUUGGAGAUAGGUGUUUUAGUUUCACUUCCAAAAUCACUUCGUGUUCUAAAUUUGGCAGAUAACGUGCUAAGCUUUGGACUUUAUAUCAUGGAAUUUGCUGUUCUACAAAGUUUGGAGAUACUGAAUGUAAGUUUUCAGUCCUCAUUUCAUCAAAUGGGGAUGACUGGUGACUUUUUCGAAAAAUGCAACGACACAAGAAGAUUUCAAGGAGUUGUUUUUAACUCUUCUGUAUCAAGAAAAAAUGAGAAUAACAAUGAUAUUAACAAUGAAAAAUCUUUUGGCGGAUCCAUGUCUGAUUUUUUUAACGAUCUCACAAAAGCUAAAAAUUAUACAAUCUACCUGCCCCCUAAUCUUCGACAAAUUUAUUAUCAUGAUAAUUUGUAUAAAAUGUCCGUACCCAAACUACCCAUAGGACCUGUCAACAAAUUAACACACGUGUAUGCUCAAAGAAAUAUCAUGUAUGAGGCAAUUGGACCUAUUACAGGCAUUGAAAAUGUUCGACAUAUUGAUUUUUCAGGUAACUUUUGUGGUUACAUUUCAAAAUCAUUUUUCAAAAACUUUACUGGUAUUGAAUUUUUGAAUCUUUCUAACAAUGCUCUCGGACAAUUUUUGAAAAAAGAUAAGAAUGGAGAAAUGUUUUUAUAUCAAACUCGACUGAUGUCUCUAGAUUUAUCUUUCAACAGAAUAUAUAGACUUUCAGAUCUUGCUUUCCAAGGGAAUAACAGGAUGAAAAUGGAAAGAAAGUGUUCUUCGUAUACUCUCAUUAUAGUAGUGAUGACGUCAUUGAUAAUCAUUGCUUUAAGAACAACAGUGAGUCGCAUCGUAUUUAGAUAUAGAUGGAAACUUAGAUAUAUGUAUUAUGUCGCUAAAGAAAAAUAUCACGGUCACGGUGUUGAAGAAGAUGGUAACAAUCAACGCUUUUACCGUUUUGAUGCCUUCAUUUCGUAUGCUGACCAAGAUGGAAAAUUUGUCGUUAAACUUGUGAAUAAGAUUGAAAAUGAAUAUAACUUGCGAUUGUGUAUUCAUCAUAGAGAUUUUAUUCCCGGUACAGGAAUAAUGGACAAUAUCACAAAUGCCAUUCAUUGUAGCAGACGAACAAUCUGCAUUAUGACGUCACAUUUUCUAGACUCAUAUUGGUGCAUGUUUGAAUUAAACAUGGCAAGAAUGGAAGCCAUUUAUUCUCGUAACGGCGGAAAUGUUUUGUUUCUAAUAAUCUUAGAGAAGAAGGCAAUGAAAAAUAUCCCUUUGUAUCUGAUGGAUCUUAUUAAUAGUCACUCGUACUUGGAAUACCCGGUCAAAGAAAAAAUGGAAGAUUGCACUGUCUUUGAAUCUAGACUUGGGGAAAUAUUAAAAUCAAACAGUAAUGAAUUUUAG